AUGCCCGGACAGAACAGCAAGCAGAACAGCAACGGCAAAGCCGAGCAAGGCGCUCAGAGAUGCAGCCAAGGUCAUCAGCUCAGAGAGCCUCCCAACACCGGCUGGAACGGUCCUAUCCCGGCCAAAGACGGCGGUCGCGAGGAAGGAUACUUGCAAAAGCCGCCUUACUCUUGGGAGUCGAAGGAGUUCCAGGUCAAGUAUCGUGCCAAGUGUUGGUGCGGAAAGCUCGAAUUCGAAUACCACGGCGACCCGAUCGACGCCAAGCACUGCCACUGCACACAAUGCCAGCGUCUACACGGCGCACCGUUCCAAUGGGCGGCGCUGUUUCACAAGACCUCGGUACGCCUCGCCAAGCACUGCGAUCCGCUCAACUUGGACUUUUUCAGCACGCAGGAGGGGCACAGCGAACACAGCGUGCCGUGCAAGAUCAGCUGCAGAAACUGCCGAAGUCCGAUGGCUGACGAGGGACGAAACAUGGUCAUGGCCUACCCGUCCUCGUUCGUGUUCAAAGACCAUGUCGUUCCCGCCGUCUUCGCCCCGACAGCGCACAUCUUCUACGGCGAGCGUGUGAUGGAUCUGGACGACGAUAUUCCCAAGUGGGCGGGCCACAAAAAUUCGUCGGAGCAGCUGCCGCACGCGCCCAAAGAUUCGACGGACAGGACGAUGGGCAAAGGCAAACGGCACAAGGUGGACGAGCGGGAUUGA